AUGGCAGCAGCAGCAGCUGCAGCGUUCGUGCCAGCGUUCCUGCCAGCCAGCCAGGCAGCAGCAGCAGCAGUGGCAUUGUCAGUCCUACCCGUGGAAGCAGCAGCAGCUGCAGCGUUCCUGCCUGCGUUUUUGCCAGCCAACCAGCCAGCAGCAGUGGCAGUGUCGGUCCAGCCCACAGCAGCAGCAGCAGGUGCAGCGUUCCUGCCAGCGUUCGUGCCAGCCAGCCACCCAGCCAGCAGCAGCAGCAGCGGCAGUGUUGGUCCAGCCGGCGGCAGCAGCAGCAGCUGCAGCGUUCCUGCCAGCGUUUCUGCCAGCCAGCCAGCCAGCAGCAGCAGCAGUGUCAGUGUCGGUCCAGCUCGCAGCAGGCGCAGCGUUCCUGCGAGCGUUUGUGCCAGCCAGCCACCCAGCCAGCAGCAGCAGCAGCUGCAGUGUCAGCCCAGCCUGCGUCAGCAGCGGCAGCUGCGUAGUUCCUGCCAGCAUUCCUGCCAGCCUGCUAGCCAGCAGCAGCAGCAGCUGCUGCAGUGUCGGUCCAGCCUACAGCAGCUGCAGCAGCUGCAGCGUUCCUGCCAGCGUUCCUGCCAGUUAGCCACCCAGCCAGCAGCAGCAGCAGCUGCAGUGUCGGUCCAGGCCGUGGCAGCAGCAGCAGCUGCAGCGUUCCUGCCAGCGUUCCUGUCAGCUAGCCACCCAGCCAGCAGCAGCAGCAGCGGCAGUCCAGCCAGGCAGCAGCAGCAGCAGCAGCGGCAUUGUCAGUCCAACCCGCAGAAGCAGCAGCAGCUGCAGCGUUCCUGCCUGCGUUUUUGCCAACCAGCCAGCCAGCAGCAGCAGCAGUAG